CAUGAAUCUUUCUACAAGUUGAUGUCUCAAAGAUUGGCUGAUCUACUAUAAGUUCUUUGCAUACACGUCAGCUACAGAAAACGUCGUACCUAUGAGCGUGUCAUCGACUCUAGACAAUCUUAGAGAACCGCUUAUCCUAGACCGCGGACCUUAUAUCUAGCUAUGCUGCCGCGCUGAUUUGCUUGCCGAGAGAACUUACGCCUGCCCUCCAAAAUUCACCAGGGUGAUCCCCCGAUCGUCGACGUGGCCGGAAGCAACCAAUGAGCAUCUGGCUUUAGCGACACGUCAGACCCUUGACUUGUGCUGGGGAUAGGCUGGCUACUCUUCCAAGUUCCAAGUUCCAAGUUCCAACAUUCGAUUUUCCAGCUGUAGAAAGUCAGGUGGCGCUCCACUCAUUGGCAAUCACCCCCCUCAAUAUCUGCAUUACAUAUACAGUGACAUUGGUGACGCAAUUGCUCCUUGCUAGGGAUCCUUUUUGGGCGGAGGAUGGCGGGGCAGACAGCGAUCGUGUUUGCUCGGGUGCCGGUUCCAUCUAUUUCUUCAAUCCCACUCAGGUCUGGCGCGCUAAACCAUGUAGUGCACACCCAUGAUUUAAGGCGCGCUUUCAACAGUUCGCACCUUCCAUCGCCCCAUGUGGCAUGGCCGGCAGAAGCUUGUUGUUCUCGGUCCGCCACCAGACCUUUGAUUCCCACCCGUCAAAUAUCCUUCAUUUCUGCAACUUUGAAAUCAGCUUUCCUAGGCGCGCCUUCUUCUUCCUUUCCUGGUGGUCAAACCGCCAGAUCAAGGAGCAUUUCCAGCAGAAACAGGUCAGCCAAAAGAGAAGCCACUAUAAGCGCCGCGGCGAGGGAAACUAGAGGCGGCCGCCGCGGUGGUAAAGGUUCCCCUGGCGGCGCCAGCACAGCGACUCGGAAAGGCGCCAGCGCAGCAAAACCCCGCCCCCAGAAAGUCGACAAGGAUGAGGAUCACGGCGGAGGGGGGCGGGCGGCCAUGCCGAGCCAACAUGAAAAGCUGGCGGCGAUGCGCGCUUUUGAGCAAGACGAGAAGCUGAUGUUUGAUGUGGUUCCAGCGGGGAGGGACGCCGUGCAGUGCGUGUAUGCGUACCCGAACACGUAUACGGUGGGGAUAUGCAGCCUGGGGUAUCAGCUGGUCUGGGCCUAUCUUGCCGGACGCCCAGAUGUCCAUUGUGCGCGGCUCUUCACGGACGCUUCCGAACCCCUCCCCCGUCAAGUCGACCUUUUGGGCUUCUCCUUUUCCUGGGAGCUCGAUUACGCCAACAUUCUGGCGAUGCUCGAGGCGGCAAACAUUCCCAUCAGGGCGGUUGAUAGGGGCCCCGAGCACCCGCUGAUAUUUGGAGGCGGGCCGGUUCUGACGGCGAACCCGGAGCCUUAUGCGGACUGGUUCGAUGUGGUCUUGCUAGGGGACGGCGAAGACCUGCUUCAAGCAUUUCUGGAAGCGUACAAAGCCGUCAAGAGCUCCCCCUCGGACGCCCAAAGCCGUCCGGAAGUGCUUCGGGCCCUGUCCCAGGUCCCCGGCAUAUACUGCCCCAGUCUGUACGUCCCCGAAUACGAGGCCCCCGACGGGCGCCGGGUUGGGCUGAAACGGAUAGCAGAAGACGUUCCGGAAACGGUCAAGAAGCAGACGUACCGUGGGAAUACGCUCGCGCGGUCGACGGUGGUGUCGGAGAAGAUGGCGUGGGAGAAUAUUUACAUGGUCGAGGUGGUCCGCAGCUGCCCCGAGAUGUGUCGCUUCUGCCUGGCCAGCUAUGUGACGCUGCCGUUUCGCACCGCCGCCCUGACCACGUCGCUCAUCCCGUCCAUCGAAGAGGGGCUCAAAGUCACGGACAGGAUCGGACUGCUCGGGGCGUCCGUAACCCAGCACCCCGAGUUCGAGGCGCUGCUGGAGCACAUGUGCCAGCCGCAGUACGACCACGUCCGCAUGAGCGUCGCGUCCGUGCGGACCAACACCGUGACGCCCAAGCUGACGUCAGCGCUCGUGCGGCGGGGCACCAAGAGCCUCACCAUCGCCGUCGAGAGCGGGUCGGAGCGCAUGCGAAGGAUCGUGAACAAGAAACUAGAGCAGGCGGACAUUGUGGGCGCCGCCAUUAACGCCCAGCAGGGAGGUUUGGAGGCGCUGAAGCUGUACGGCAUGGUGGGAGUUCCCGGGGAGACGCAGGCGGACGUCCAGCAGACUGUGGACAUGAUGAAGGACGUCCGGAAGGCCGCCCCGGGGCUGCGGCUCACGCUCGGCUGCAGCACUUUUGUACCAAAGGCGCACACCCCGUUCCAGUGGUGGGGCGUGGACCCCGAGGGCGAGAAGCGGCUGCAGUUCCUGGCGAAGGAGAUGGGCCAGAUCGGCGUCGACUUCCGGCCCGAGAGCUACAAGUGGUCCACCAUCCAGGCGCUCCUGUCGCGGGGCGACCGACGGCUCGGCCCCCUCUUGGAAUUAGUGCGCGAGUACGGGGACAGCCGGGGCAGCUUCCGGCGCGCAUUUAAGGAACUGAGGGGAUCCCUCCCGCCGAUGGACUUCUACGUGCACGAAAAGCACCCCCCCGGGGAGAUGGUGUUGCCGUGGGCGCAUCUGGAGAUGUCGCUGCCGGAGAAGACGCUGGUCAAGCACGCGGCGGAGGCGGUGUCGUACUUCUAGGGGGGUGGAGGCAAUCGGCCUGAUGGGCUCGUACGGGCGGGUGGUGCGGUGGAAGGGUUGGGGGGGCCCGGCUCAGGAGCAUGUUGGUGCAUGUUGGUGCAGCGGUGGGCUCGCUUUACGGAAACAAUCAAUCAGACGUUUCUGCCGCUUGGGCAUCAGGCCAGUACACCUGUCCAGAUGACGCACUUCGCAAGGGGCAUAAUCCUUUGCACUGCUAUGAGUCGAAUGCGAAGAAAGGCGAGACAAGGCUGGAGGGAACCUUGGCAGGUAUUUGAAGUAAUGGCCGCGGACUUCUUUUACUUUACUAGCGCAUGAGCGCUUGAGUAAGGCAAAUUUUGCUGUCAAGUCGCGAGCAUGCAAGAAGGUGGCAUGUCAUUUGUUGCAUGACAGGCCAACCCACACGACAAAGUCUGC